UUCAACCCUGCUUGGUUCGGUUUUUCGUUCGCGUCGCUUCGCUUGUUCGUUCAUAUAGUUUGCCUUUGCUGGCUUGCUUUUGGCUUUCCCAUACAAUAAACUCUCUACUACCGUCAUAGUGUAUAAAAUAUUGUGAGUGAAGAACCCCAUCACGACUAUACGAACGAAUACGAACAAAAAUUUUCAUAUAUUCAACGAAAGAAGAACACUCUCUACGUAGAGCAUACGGCAAAACGGCUAUACGGCAUACCUACAAAAUCCAAUCCGACGGAUUCCUACCAACCAGCCAGCAGACAGCAGCAGCAGCCAGCACCACCAAAAUCACUUCAACCAACAACAAACAAACAAAAAAACAUAAAAAAUGACUCAAGAAAGGCCAAAACGUCCACUUUCCGCAUACAUGCUGUGGCUCAAUGAGACCCGUGAAGAGAUCAAGAAGGAUAAUCCUGGCAGCAAAGUUACCGACAUUGCAAAGCGUGGUGGUGAAUUAUGGCGUGCAAUGAAGGACAAAUCGGAAUGGGAAGCAAAAGCCAUUGCGAUGAAAGAAAAAUACACAAAGGAUUUGAAGGAAUACGAGGCUAAUGGCGGUACUGACACAGGUGCCAAGAAGCGAAAGUCAAAAGCAGCCAAACCAGCCAAGAAGCUCAAAAAGAAAGAGACGUCAGAGGAAGAAAGUGGCGAGGAUGAAAGCGAUUAGAUCGUUUAAGAUUUCUUUUACUACUUUUUUUUUGCUUUGAUUAUUUUUUUCUUUAACUCUUUGAUUUCAUAAUUUGUACUUUUUUUUUAAUUUUUCCAUUCUUUUGUCUAUGGAAAAAGAGAAGAAAUAACAACAUCAAUACAAAAAAAAAACUUAUUUAUCUAGUAUCUUAAUUGUGUUCUGCAUAAUUUUGCUAAGCAAAAUAAAAAAAAAAAAACAAGAUGCAAUAUGCAGAAAACAUUAAUAAAUUGUAUUGAUUUAUUGAAUAACGAAA